CAAACUUUCAAUCUCCAGAUCCCCUCUGGAAGCUCUCGCCGUCGAAACCCUAACCCUAGUUUCAAAAUACAAUUGGGGCGCGAGAGAUCUCUCCACUCGGGUUCUUUAGAUCGUUACUACGUCUAAUAAACCCAUCGAUUUGAUCUCUAUUCUUGGUUUUAGGAGGAUUUUUGUGUCUUAUAUCCUUUCGAUUCGAUCUUUGAGGAAUCAAUCGAGGAUGUCUCGGUGCUUUCCGUACCCUCCUCCUGGUUAUAGUAGGAACGGAGCUACAUAUGAGGCCUUGAUCGAAUCGAUUAAGCUCCAGAAGGAAACCGAUAAGGCCAAAUCAGAAAGGAAGAAGGAGAAGAGGGCAAAGAAAGAGAAGAAAGAAAAAAAAGAAAAAAGAAAAGACUCAGAGAAGUCAAAGCUACAAAAGAACCCAAAUGAAAGUCAACAAGAUUCCUAUUCUAAACAGUUCCCACCAUUAAACAUCAAGAGAAAAGAGGAUACAAUUGAGCAGUUGGAAAAGAGUGAUUUAACUGAAGAACAUAGUCAACCCGUUGACUCUCACAAGCCAAGUUACUCAUCAGACAGCACUCAGAACAGUAACAAAAGGAAAAGAGAUGAUCCUGUUGUUCCCGAUGACUCUAAUCAUGUGAAACCAAUCAAGAUUCGAUUAUUCAAGAAGCAGAAAGGACCUGAUUCCAUCAAAGAAACUUCAUGUUCUAUUUCUGGGAGAUUUGAUCAACAAUCUAAUUCCAAUUCCGUUAAUGGGCAAAGAACAUCAAUUCCAAUUCCAGUUCCAGUUUCAAGUAACCGAAAGUCUGGAAUCCCUGCUACAUCAACAAGCUAUGAUAGAAAACAAUCCGCACCCCUUUCAUUACAUUCAAGAAAGGGUGACGUGGCAGUGCUUCAUUCAUCUAGACAACAGCAACCAAUUCCAAUUCCAGGUUACAGAAAACCAUCGGAAAAUGUGAUUCCAACUCCAUCUCCAUCUCCAAUUCCACCUUCUGCUCCAUCUGUUUCAAGAAAGCUUGAUGCAUCAAUGGUGUCUAGUUCAGGAAGAAUGUCAACUGAUGAAAUCAAAUUGCAGAAGAAAAAAGAUCCAAUCAGUGAGAUUCCAUUGAAUGUGGGCCCUACUACAAGAUUUGAGAAGAAGUUGCAGAAGAAGCAUUUGAAGUAUGAAAAGUUGAUAGGGAGUUGGGUCCCACCUGUUCUUGAAGCUCAGGUGGUUGCUGAUGAUGGUGGUGAUGAUUGGUUGUUGGGGAGGAGGGAGACAAGAGUUGCCAGGUCAACGAUGAAGGAUGAUGUGGAGACAUGUCGGGAGAUGACGUGGCAGCCAUGUGCGAGGUUCUUAGUGGAGGCAGAUUUAUAUGCAUUGCCGUAUACUGUUCCUUUCUAAUAUAGUUAAUUAGUUAUAGUGAAGUUGUGUAUAGUUUUUGGUAGUGGCAAAAAAAAAAAAAAGAAAUUUUUUGUAAUUUGUUAAAGUGGAAGAAACCUCUUUUAUAAAAGAAAAGA